GUGACACCGUUUACCUUCGUGUGUUCCAUGGUCGGUACAUCGAGGUGCAAGGAAAGACUGUGGAUUGCAAUUGGCCAGACAAAGGAACAUGGCAGGCCUUCUCCUUCUGCGCACCUGAUGGGGAUGCUGCAAAGGAGCAGGGAAGCAGGCGUCCCGUGCGACAUCGUGACAUGCUGCGGAUCCGAGCGCACAGGGGUAGCUUCCUGGCCGUACCCAGCAACGCUGCCACUGGCGCGCCCGUGACGACUACACGCAGCAAAACAUGCGCAGAAGCCCAGUUCGAGGUGUUUCUCCAGCACACCAGCGUCUUGAAGCAUCGCGGGCUUGCGUACUUCUUCAGCCGCGCGACUGCCACCACUCUCGACGCAGACGAGGACGAGUCGGGCAUCCGCGCUCGUUGGGCGGAUUUCGGAGAUUGGCAGGCGUUUGCAGUUGAGCGACCUCCGGAGCUGCAGCGCCAUGUGGCCUUGGGAAGUUUAACGAAAGAACCGCCACGUCAAAGACAGCGAGGCCGACGUGGAUCAAAGGACAGUCCCAUUAAGGCAGCAGCGGAACGUCCUUCGACGGGUGACUUUCUCGGCAGUUUUGCUCAAGGGACGUUGGGCGGGGGCAGUUGCACACACAAGUUUGUUGACAAGCCGAUGCUGCCUGCAGUCACCAGGCUCGUCGCUGGUGUGGCGCCACGCGCCUCUGGAGGUGUUCUCAGAGCUCAAGCACUGCGGCCCUUGCUUCAUUCGAAGCACAGGUGCUUCUCCAUGCCCAGCAUGGCCAAGGUGGCCAAAGACCUGCAAGCUGAGAUCAGUCACGAGCAGGAGCAGUAUCAGCAGGCGAAGGAGAUUCAGAAGUUCCUGAAGAGCACUGACUUCAAGCUCGUUGAGACCGAGGGAGAUGUCAACAUGCAGCUGGAGCGGACAGUCGGCGACAAGCAGGUGACAAUCGAGUGGCAGCUCACGAGCCCCUUCGAUCCCACUGCGGAUGUGGAAGGUGGGGACCAGGACGCUGGUGCGGAGUAUGAAGCUACCGACUUCUGCAUCACCCUGGAGAGCAAGUCCAGUGGUGCGGGCGUGUCCUUCUACUGCAGCACGCAGACCGGCGAGGAUCAUCGCUAUGUCAUCGGCAACGUGAAGUCCUUCGCAAGCAAGGAGGAGAAAGAGAGCAUGAGCGCCUACAACGGCCCUGAGUUCGAAGACAUCGAUGAGAAGCUGCAGGAGAGCUUGGACGAGCUGCUGGCCGAGGCGGGCAUCAGCACAGAGCUGUGCGACUUCAUUGAUGCCAUGGCUCUGGAUAAGGAGCAGCGAGAAUACAUCCGAUGGCUCAGCAACCUGAAGGAGUUCAUGGAGAAGUGA